UCUGCUUAGUUUCAGAACUCUGAGGUUUCUUCUGAGCACUUCUUCGUCUUUACUGAACAGAAAAAGUUCCCGAACUUUUGAGUUUUCUUUUCUUUCCUUUCUCUUUCGUUGCAGUGAAGAUCAAAUGGAGAUAUGAUUGUUGAAUUCAGUCGGUGAUCGGAAAUGCGAGUAAAGGAAAUGCACCCUCUGUGUUGUAUCUCGCUGGAGAGCCCUGGGAUCAGAGAUCGAUCGCCGAAGGUUUCAUCCAUUAGAAGAGGUCUUUCUUCAGUUUCUGUCGGAUCUGACUGCAAUGCAGGGAGGGAAACGGAAUCCGACGUUAAUGUCGCCGGAGUUCUUUACAAAUGGACCAAUUACAGCAAGGGAUGGAGAUCCCGAUGGUUCUUGUUGAGAAAUGGUGUUCUUUCAUACUCGAAGAUCCAGCCGUCGGAGAAUCUCAAUCUACUGUCGACGGGCGAUGAAGUUCGAGUGAUCGGAGAUGCUUCUACUGACCGUCUUUCACGUCUCGACAGCAAAGGGAGACGAAAGCAAGAGAAACCUGUUGGUGUCGUUCAUCUCAAGAUCUCAUCAUUUCGUGAAAGUAGGUCUGAUGUUCGACGUUUCUACAUAUUCACUGCUACAAAGACACUACAUCUGAGAACCAACUCAAAAAAAGAUCGUGUGGCUUGGAUUAAUGCUUUGGUCUCGACACGAAACCUGUUUUCCCUGAAGCCAUUGAAUGAUAAGCUCUGCCAUAUCUCAACCAAUUUAUCUGUAUCCACCGAAAAGCUUAGGAAUCGAUUGCUUGAAGGGGGAAUCAAUGAAAUUCUUAUCCAGGACUGUGAGCAGAUCAUGCGGUCAGAGAUUUCAGAGUUACAAGGGCAAUUUAAACUUCUUUGUGAAGAACGAUCAAACCUGCUCGACACCUUAAGGCAGUUGGAGGCUGCAAAUAUUGAAGUUGAAGCCCCUGGAUUACAUGAAAGCCAGUACCAGCUGGCAAAGAAUGAAUAUCCAAGCCCUGGACAUGGAAAAUAUAAUGAGUGGAGUACAACUGAAUCAUCAGAUGAUAUUGAAAAGCAAGAGCUUGAGGAACUGUCAGAUGUAGAUGAGACUCUCUUCUUUGACACAAAGGAUUCCUUCAGCAAUUCUGCAUUUAAUUAUCAAUCUACAACGGGAGUGAUGAAUGUUGUGGAUAAGUGUUUGACUCACUCUGAUGCUGUGGAUAGGAUGCAUGUGGAGGCAGAAUUUAGUAACUGCAGUUAUCCUCACAUUGAAAGGCGAAAGAAACUUCCUGACCCUGUUGAGCAAGAGAAGGGCGUCAGCCUUUGGUCAAUGAUAAAAGACAAUGUUGGAAAGGACCUUACUCGAGUGUGUCUUCCUGUUUACUUCAAUGAGCCAAUAUCAUCCUUACAGAAGUGCUGUGAGGACUUGGAGUACUCUUAUCUUCUAGAUCGAGCAUAUGAUUAUGGAAAAAAGGGAAAUAGUCUACUCAGGGUUUUGAAUGUUUCUGCCUUUGCGGUGUCUGGAUAUGCUUCAUCUGAAGGUCGGCACUGCAAACCUUUCAAUCCUUUGUUGGGGGAAACUUUUGAAGCUGAGUAUCCUGAUAAAGCAAUCCGCUUCUUUUCUGAGAAGGUUAGCCACCACCCCACACUCAUUGCCUGCCACUGUGAAGGUAAAGGGUGGAAAUUUUGGGGGGAUAGCAAUCUAAGGACUAAGUUCUGGGGGCGUUCAAUUCAGCUUGAUCCUGUGGGCGUUCUGACUCUUGAGUUUGAUGAUGGUGAGGUCUUCCAAUGGAGCAAGGUUACCACAAAUAUUUACAAUCUUAUUCUUGGUAAAGUAUACUGUGAUCACCAUGGGACACUGCAUAUACGUGGUAACCGCCAAUAUUCUUGUAAACUCAAGUUCAGGGAACAGUCCAUACUUGACCGUAACCCUCACCAGGUGCAAGGAACGGUUGAAGAUGUGAUGGGAAGAAAGGUUGCCUCGUUAUUUGGAAAGUGGGAUGAGAGCAUGUAUUAUGUCAAUGGAGAUUGUGCUACCAUGGCUAAGGGUUGUACUCCACCACCAGAUGCCUCUUUAUUAUGGAGAAGGAACAAGUCUCCCCCUAAUCUCACUCGGUACAACUUAACAUCAUUUGCAAUUACACUAAAUGAGCUUACACCAGGGCUGAAGGAGAAGCUUCCACCCACGGAUUCGAGACUUAGACCAGACCAGAGGUAUCUAGAGAAUGGGGAAUACGAGAAGGCAAAUGCAGAGAAGCUGCGUUUAGAGAAGAGACAAAGGAUGUCAAGGAAGAUACAAGAAAAUGGCUGGAAGCCAAGAUGGUUUCAGAAGGAUGGUAUGGACGGGCCUUUCCGCUACGUUGGUGGAUAUUGGGAAGCAAGGGAGCAGAGCAAAUGGGAUGGAUGCCCACAAAUAUUUGGUGAAUUUACUGAAGAGACGGCUGUUAACACAUUGUGAAGUAUCUGGAUUGAUUGGGACACAGAGUUUGAUAGGGAACCGAUCGAUGAUUGAAAGUUGGAGACUC